UAGGCCUUUUCUGCCAUGCAACCUGUCAGUGUUUGGCGGUGGAGCCCUUGGGGGCUGCUGCUGUGCCUGCUGUGCAGCUCAUGCCUGGGAUCUCCAUCCCCAUCCAUGGCCCCUGAGAAGAGGGCCGGGAGCCAAGGGCUGCGGUUCCGGCUGGCUGGCUUCCCCAGGAAGCCCUUCGAGGGCCGUGUGGAGAUACAGCGAGCUGGUGAAUGGGGCACCAUCUGUGAUGAUGACUUCACACUCCAGGCAGCCCAUGUCCUCUGCCGUGAGCUGGGCUUCACAGAGGCCACAGGCUGGACCCAUAGCGCCAAAUAUGGCCCUGGAACAGGCCGCAUCUGGCUGGACAACCUGAGCUGUAGUGGGACUGAGCACAGUGUGACCGAAUGUGCCUCCAGGGGCUGGGGGAACAGUGACUGUACCCACGAUGAGGACGCUGGGGUCAUCUGCAAGGACCAGCGCCUCCCUGGCUUCUCUGACUCCAACGUCAUCGAGGUAGAGCAUCACCUGCAAGUGGAGGAGGUGCGACUUCGACCAGCAGUUGGGCGGGGCAGGCGACCCCUGCCUGUGACUGAGGGACUGGUCGAAGUCAGGCUUCCCGAUGGCUGGUCAAAAGUGUGUGACAAAGGCUGGAGUGCCCACAACAGCCACGUGGUCUGCGGGAUGCUGGGCUUCCCCAGUGAAAAAAGGGUCAACACGGCUUUCUACAGAAAGUUGAGGAAGCGAGCGGCCAAAGCCUCGGCCCGACGCCCCAAGCCCCUUGGAAGACCAAUCACCAAGCGUAAAGUCAAACCCAAACCCCGAGUGGGCAGGGGUCCAAUCAAGAGGCUGCUGGCCCAGCGGCAGCAACACUCCUUUGGUCUGCAUGGGGUGGCAUGCGUGGGUACAGAGGUCCACCUCUCCCUCUGCUCCUUGGACUUCUAUCGUGCCAAUGACACCACCAGGUGCCCUGGGGGUGCCCCUGCGGUGGUGAGUUGUGUGCCGGGUCCUCUCUACACAACAUCCAGUGGCCAGAAGAAGCAACAACAGUCGAAAUCUCAGGGAGAGGCCCGAGUGCGUCUAAAGGGUGGGGCCCACCCUGGAGAGGGCCGGGUGGAAGUCCUGAAGGCUGGCACAUGGGGCACAAUCUGUGACCGCAAGUGGGACCUACAGGCAGCCAGCGUGGUGUGCCGGGAGCUGGGCUUCGGGAGUGCUCGAGAGGCUCUGAGUGGUGCCCGCAUGGGGCAGGGUAUGGGUGCCAUCCAUUUGAGUGAAGUUCGAUGCUCUGGACAGGAACCCUCCCUCUGGAAGUGCCCCCACAAGAACAUCACAGCUGAGGACUGUUCCCAUGGCCAGGAUGCUGGAGUCCGAUGCAACCUGCCCUACACUGGGGUAGAGACCAGGAUCCGACUCAGUGGGGGCCGCAGCCGAUACGAAGGGCGAGUUGAGGUGCAAAUAGGGGGACCUGGGCCCCUUCACUGGGGCCUCAUCUGUGGGGAUGACUGGGGGACACUGGAGGCCAUGGUGGUCUGUAGGCAACUUGGACUGGGCUACGCCAACCAUGGCCUGCAGGAGACCUGGUACUGGGACUCAGGGAAUAUAACCGAAGUAGUAAUGAGUGGAGUGCGCUGCACAGGGACUGAGCUGUCCCUGGACCAAUGUGCUCAUCAUGGCACCCACAUUGCCUGCAAGAGGACAGACACCCGUUUCACUGCUGGAGUCAUCUGUUCUGAGACUGCAUCCGAUCUGCUGCUGCACUCAGCACUGGUGCAGGAGACCGCCUACAUCGAGGACCGGCCCCUGCACAUGCUCUACUGCGCUGCGGAAGAGAACUGCCUGGCCCACUCAGCCCGCUCAGCCAACUGGCCUUACGGCCACCGCCGGCUACUCCGAUUCUCCUCCCAGAUUCACAACCUGGGACGAGCUGACUUCAGGCCCAAAGCUGGGCGCCACUCUUGGGUGUGGCACGAGUGUCACGGGCAUUACCACAGUAUGGACAUCUUCACUCACUAUGAUAUCCUGACCCCCAACGGCACCAAGGUGGCUGAGGGCCACAAAGCUAGUUUCUGUCUAGAAGACACCGAGUGUCAGGAGGAUGUCUCCAAGAGGUAUGAAUGUGCCAACUUUGGAGAGCAGGGCAUCACCGUAGGUUGCUGGGAUCUCUACAGACAUGACAUUGACUGUCAGUGGAUUGACAUCACAGAUGUGAAGCCAGGAAACUACAUUCUGCAGGUGGUCAUCAACCCCAACUUUGAAGUAGCAGAGAGUGACUUCACCAAUAAUGCAAUGAAAUGUAACUGCAAAUAUGAUGGACAUCGCAUUUGGGUGCACAACUGCCACAUUGGUGAUGCCUUCAGUGAAGAGGCCAAUAAGAGGUUCGAGCGCUACCCCGGCCAGACCAGCAACCAGGUCAUUUAAGGUGCCAAUACCCACCUCUUCAAACCUCCACUGGCCCCUAAUGGCAGGGGUCUGAGGCUGCCAUUACCUCAGGAGCUUACCAAGGAACCCCUGAUGUCAGCAGGCCCACCGCACGCAUGCACUGUGCAUUACAGAUGUGGAACCG